GACGGCAUGGCAUGCACACGUACACAAAAAUACUUGUACAGAGGCAGGCAGUCAUCAGGUGAGUGUGUGAGUGUGUGAGUCAGUCAGGGCACAGCGCGAUGAUCUCUCUUUCCACUCAUACAGUCAAUACAUUCAGUUGAUCCAAUCCGUCACCAACCAGCAGAGAGUCAGGUAGGUAUAUACACUCUAUAAAAUCAGCGACCCAAAGAGAUGCAGUCACCGCUCAGCUAGCCGUACACACACACACACCAACACACACAUAUACACCCCCCACACCCCCACCUCCGGCCCUCUGUGUACACACCGACAUAUGUAGAUCAGAUCAGUCAUGGAUUCAUCGCACUCACCCACUCACUCCCUCAGUCAUCGAACAACCAACGACCCGGAAGGUGCGAGGACAGACAGACAGACAGACAGGCAAGUAAGCAGCAGGCAGCAGACGUUUCAAGGCAUGAAUUCAUUCAAGGCAUGAAGGCUGGCUGGUACACACACACAUACAUACACACAUAGGUAGGUAGGCCGGUACUUUCAGGGACACAAAAAGGGUAUGAAGGCGCACACGGACGGUACACACUAUACACCUUAGUCAUUCCUGUGGCCUUCAAAACUUACACACUCACACCCAGCGACAGAACUGGCCAGCCAGCGAGCACAGUCGUCCGAGCAAUCAAUAAGUAGGGGAGGGGAGGAGGCAGGGAAGGAGAGGAGAGAGGACACAAGAGGCAGGCAGUCUGGCAGGCAGGCAGGCAGGCAGGCAGAAAAAGGGGAAGGGAUGCCGGGAUUCGUCUAUCCUCACUCCAUCCAUCUGACUGAUAUCCACGCGCAGGACCGUGUGGCUGUCUGUCUGGCUGUCUGUCGCAUCGCUCAUCCACCCACCCAUCCAUCCAUAUCCCAUCCACCCGCGGGAGGGGCCCGACCCACUAGAUGGACAGGCCGUCCGCGUCCGUCAAUCGGCCGACCGACUAUGUAUCUAUGUACGGUACGUAGUCCAUCGACCGAUCGACCGACCAACUCACCCAUCCACCCAGCAGGCCACAGGCCCCCUCUCCCCCACCUAGUCAAGCGUGUGCGAUGGUGUCGGUCGUCUUGGCUUGAUCCAGUCAGUUGGCCAUGCCCGCCGACACGCGCAGGCCAAGCCGUGCCCUGGCCAGUCCAUGCAGGUGGCGGAGUCCCCUGCUGAUGGGCGAAGCUGAGGGUGAGGAGGGCGGUGACUCGCCCCCUGCGGCGCCGUCCGCCCCUGUGACCAUCUUGUCUUCGCUCUUGCCCUUGCCCUUGCCCUUGUCACCGACCAGGAGGGACCUCAAGGCCCUCCCGAAUUCAGCGACGAGCACCUCGCUCUUCUUCUGCAUGUUCUGAUCAAUGGGCGGAUGGACAGACAGACAGGCACACACACACACAUGUCGGUCGGAUGUCAGUCACGUCUCUGUCUGUGUCUGUCUGUGUCUGUCUGUGUCUGUCUGUCUGUCGCUCACCGGAACAUAGUUCUUGACGUAGAACUGUCCGAAGAGGAGUGCGUACGAGAAGUACAUGAGGAGGGCACACAGGGCGUUGUUGUAGUGGACCGGGUCGCCCGUCGCCUCAGGACGCAGCAUGGCCGAUACCGUGAUGCCCACACCAACAAACAUCUGCACGACAGUGAUACAGCACAGGCGACUUUCCAUAAGCCUUGCUCUUUCCGUGCCUUCCUUCCUCGUGUGUCUCCCUCACCUGGCUGAGCUGGGCGGAAGUGAUGAAGGGUCGCAGCUUCUUCAAAACCCUGAUAGAUCGAUACGUACGGCAGGCAGACAGGUCAGUCAGGUGUGCUCACGUGGGUAGGUGGGCUCGGUGACUGACUCACCUGUUUUUGGCGAAGAGUGCGGUGAGGGCGUAGUAGAGGUACAUGACGCCGUGGACGCAGAGGUUGAUGAAGGCGAACUGGUGGGCGAAGGCGACACCCAGGUGAACUGCGCUCCAGCAAUACAGGGCCUGAAUGAAGCAAGGGAGGGAGGGAGGGAGGACAACACACACACGCACGCACACACACACACACACAUCCGUAUGACAACAGAGAGCCUCUCCCUGUGUGUGUGUGUCAAAUGUGUGCGUCCAUACCACGGUGACGUGGUGGUACGCGUGCAGGAAAGUGAUGGGUCGCUUCCUGAGUGCCAGCAGCACCGUGUCGCCGAACUCAAUGAGCUUGCUCACCGCGAACCACACACAAAUCGCACGAGUGGUGGGCUGAAGUCAACGCACCCGAAGACAAAGCAGUUGGACACAGAUCCCAUUGUCCUCCCCGUCGGUGCUGUCGGCUCACCUUGUAGUCCUUUUCGUGCUUGGCUGCCGUGAAGACCAGCUGCCAGUCGUCCAGAAGCUGUGUGUGGAGACGCACACAGAACAGACAGAGAGGCCAUGCAGAGCCCCGCCUGCUAUGUCUGUGUCCCACCCACGUGUGUGUCUUACUUACCACGAGGGCAACGCCGAGGAUGGAGAAGAAUGAGAGGGCGAGGUUCCAUGCGCAGAUGAACGGCUUGAUGGGCAGCGGCUCCCGAUUCCGCAUCCAGUGCCGCAGCGAGAAUAUGACCGGCAGAUAGAGAGCGAUGCACCCCAGCCACGGCAAUCGAAAGUACUCCUCAGUGCGAAACCCGCUGCCUUGCGUCCAGUAGUCAUCGCUGAAUGGCGAGUAGGGGGCCAUCUUGCUUGCUUUCUUCUCGAGGGAGAGGGAGGGACUCGAGGGAGGGAGAAGCACGGCCGCUGAAACUGAAGGGAGGCGAGGAAAGAUAUCUAUCAAAGCAAUCAAAAAGAUGUCAGCACAAGGACAAGUAGGAAGAUGCAAAAGAGCAAAAGCCAGCCUGUGUGUGACAGACCUGAUUGUGUAGAGACGAGACCGCUCGCUCCGAUCUAACGCAUCUCCCCCCUGCGAACUCGGAGAGAUCGGAG